UAGUUGGUGACAACUUUAUUGCUAUAGUACCUUUCUACGCAGGGUAGCAUCUCGGAACGCUUAAACAGUGGCAGAACUUGAUGCUGAGAGGGCAAGUAUCUGUAGAUGCGAUGAAAGCGAAAGGUCUUCAGAUGUGAUCUUAAGACGGGCAAGGCGGAGGGAUUGAAGCAAAGCAAGCGGUCCAGAGUCUUGGGAUGCAGUGGCUGUAAGCACGGCUGCUGGUGGUGGAGCAGAGGGAAGGAGAGAGGGACUUGUCGGAGUCUGACGCUGGCCGAGCGAAGGGGUCAAUGGCAGAGGAGCGGGGCGGAGGGGUACAGCGAUGGCAAACUCCAGGCUCGUUCUUGAAUCCUGCCCACGCUUCACCAAGAACAGCUAUAAAUAACAGGAACCGAUACAGAGCCUCCGUUAACCGAAUGGUUGAUGAGUGAGUGCACAGACCUCACCCCUCUGUGUUGUCCAAACCUAUCCCUCGACCGCCUGCUCCCAGUUUCUCACAACUUCCCUUGGCCAUGUCAAACCAUGUGGAACUCCUGACAGAGCUCACGUUUCUGGAGAGGCUGCCUGCGCCUGACCGCCUGAGAGUGGCCAGGAAACGUCGGACCCAGCAGCUGAAGAAAUGGGCGCAAUAUGAGAAAGAGCUGCACAACAAGAAGCGGAAAACGGACAGAAAGAAAAACGCAUCAAGUCACAAGCGCGUCUCGUUUGCUCCCAACAUCACUCUCCUGGAGGCUUCUGCUCGCAACGACGUGGAAGAAGUGCGCCAAUUACUGAAGAGAAACAUAAAUCCAGACCUAUCCAAUGAAGAUGGACUCACUGCACUGCAUCAGUGCUGCAUAGAUAAUUUUGAAGAGCUGGUAAAGCUGCUGUUGGAUAAGAAAGCAAACGUGAACGCAACAGACAACGAGCUGUGGACUCCGUUACACGCUGCAGCCACGUGUCGACACACCGAUCUGGUGAAGAUCCUUGUGGGGAGGGGAGCAAACCUGCUGGCAGUCAAUGCAGAUGGGAACAUGCCCUAUGAUCUGUGCGAUGAUGAGCAGACCUUGGACCUUCUCGAGACAGCGAUGGCCAACCAGGGGAUCACUCAGGAAAAGAUCGAUGAAGUCCGGGCGGCCACAGAGCAGCAGAUGAUUGCAGACAUCACAGAAGCAGCUCAGGCCGGAACAGAUCUGAAUGGAACAGACUCACACGGAGGCACCAUGUUGCAUGUAGCUGCUGCUAAUGGUUACUGUUCAGCAGCUGAGCUGCUGCUCAAAUACGGAGCUAAAGUGAACGUCAAAGACCUGGACCGUUGGGAGCCACUGCAUGCCGCCGCAUGCUGGGGGCAGCUGCAGAUCGCAGAACUGCUGGUAGCACAUGGUGCGAAUCUCAAUGCCAAGACCCACCUGGAAGAAACACCAAUUGACCUGUGUGAAGACGAGGAGUCCAAGGCCAUGCUGCGACAGCUCAAACACAAGCACGAGAGCAUCAUGAAGUCACUGGGCAAGCAGAAGUCAUCGCUGAGCAGGAGGACAUCCAGCGCCAGAUGUCGAGGAACGGUUGUGCGGAGAGCGAGCGUGUCCGACCGGAAUAAUUUAUACAGGAAGGAAUGUGAGCAGGAAGCAAUUGUCUGGCAGCAGAUGGAAAGGAGGGAGGAGAAGGAAAUCCCAAGCAGUGAUGCAGAAGAUAAAGGGUCAUCCAAAGAGCAGGAAAACGUUACCCAGGAUUUAUCGUCCGACUGCCCGGUAGAAAACAUAACAAGUGAGGAAAUUUCACCAGAACCCGUAGCGAUAAAUGAUUUGGACCAAACUGAACCUGAAGCGACAGAUGAUUCCUUGACCUCCCAGCAACCUUCCUCCGGCACAGAUCCCUUAAAGACAUCUACAGUCACGGAGAAGGCUAACGGCCAAGUGCCCCACGGAUACUGUGACUCUGCCCCGUCGGUGCAGUUAAACAAGGACAAGACCUAUCAGACAUUGGCAGAACUCAAGCGUCAGAGGGUGGCUGCUAAGCUGAAGAGACUUUCCACUCAUGAGAGUUGCCUGGUUAAUGGCCUGGGAGGUAUAUUGGAAAAUGAACAACUGCAAUCAAAGGCCCGUUCUCUGGACGCCAGGACAUCUGAGGUUAACUCUAAUGGGGACUCCUUCUACAAUCCUGUACCCUACGGUGACCCGCCACUACUAAAGUUAAAGGCACCGUUGCAAGAGCCGGAGGAAAAUGAACUGGUGUGCUGCAGGAUUGUUUGAAGAGAGGGGAGAAUCGUUCUGGUCCAAUCUUGUUCCUGCAGUGAUUCUUCCCAUCUCCAGCCCGGCCCGAACAAUGAACAACGAUCAUCAGGGCGCUGGGUUAAGGAAAUUGCAAUGAGGCUGUUAAUUUAAGCACUGUUUUAAUUCACCGGUUUUCCACGUAUGGAGUUGCUGAUUAUUCAGCAGGUUAAGGAACACUCACUGUACAGCUACACAAAGUUCCUGGUUGUAAGGGUCAAGCACUAGAUUUACAUUACUGCACAGAUUUCCUGCUCGUUCAGGACACAAAUUUAAUGUAACAGCAUGAAACAAACCUUCGAUGCCCCCCAAAAACUGACUGAAUGUGCAAAGCUGUGCCACUAUUCCAAUACACUCUUCAUUCAAUCUGUCAUGUAACUAUCCCAAUGCAAUGCAACGCUGAUUACAUGUAGUUUCAAAGCAGAGUGGGAGCGAUGUACAUCGUGACUCAUUCCAGAUCGUAUAACAAGACGCACUUUUGGAAUGAACGUAAUACUGUAUAAUCUUGUUUUAUUUGUGAGAUUUGCUGCAUAAACUUUAUUUUCAAGUCCCUCAAAAAGGUCUUGACAUUCACUGCUGUGAAAGCUUUCUUAUCCAGAGCACAAUAGAUCAUAAUAAUAUAAUAAUCCUUAAUAUAAUUUGAUA